AUGGACGAGGACCUGGACGAACUGCUCGAUGAAGUUGAGGAAAAGUUUUGUCGCAACGUUUCCGUCAGACCUCUUGUUUCGAUGGAGUUGAGUAAGGCUGCAAGUAGUUGGAAUGGAGAUGAUAGGGAGAAGCAACACAGUGCCACGAAACCUGUCCAUCACUCAGAAGGAGACACUGAUGAUAUGGACGCCCUCAUCGAGGAGUUGUUGAAUGAAGACUACAGUGAUUGUACUCAGUCAAAGCCUCCUAGAGGACCGAAUGCAGAGACAAAGCCUUUAUCUCAGUCAGGAGGGAGAAAAUGCUGUCCUGUUUAUCUUGGCGGAACCUCCAUCACAAAUGGUAUUGGUACAACCAUGUCACAGAGGUCAUGUGACCAACUGAGGUGUACAUCAUGUGACUUCCGUGUGUUGAUGUUCAAUGACUACGUGUGGGACUCAUCCUGUGAUUACCUGUUUUUGCGGAACAAUGUGCCAGACAGCCAGAAGCUGGGGUCGAAGCUGAAGAGGAGGCAGGGGGCGCGGGCGUACGCCUGCCAGUGCAGCUGGUUCUCAGCUAGAGAACUGGUCGACCUCAGGGACCAGCUGCAGCUCAGAUGGGUCUGUGGUAAACACCAGUGAUGGCACACAACAGUCGCUUAUAUUGUCGGUGAUCCUGGAGCUGAUGCAUAUCAUGCUGUUUUGUUCUGUCUGGAAAUGCACCGAUUUCAAUUUUCUUGACCCAUUCCGAUUUUGAUUUUUUUUUUUUAACUCUGACCCGCCGAUUCCGAUUUUUAUUUCCUAACAACUAUAAUUGACAGCAUACACAAUAUUUUUUGUAACUUUUAUUUAAUGGAAAUUUCACUUGUAUGUUCAUGAUAAAACAUUGACUAUUAAAUAACUUUUACAUUUUCCCCAAAACUGCACCAGGUUACAGGACCUUCUCUAAGUCUCACUCAAACAAAUCUCAAAAUAAAAAAGUGCUCCAGGUCACUGGAAAGAGCUUGUUUGUACAAAUAAAAUCCAACUGAAAAUGAAUUUCAGUAUAUCCAGCUUUAUCGAACAUGUUUUACUUUCCCAAAGUAAAUGACGAUUUUAGCAUGUGUGUGUGUGUGUGUGUGUAUGUAUGUGUGUAUGUAUGGCUGUGGUGUUAACUGUCUGUGCAGCUGUGUGCACGAUGUGAACCAUCGUGCGACACGUUUGUAAAUUUGACAGGCACAGAAUCGGAUAUAUCUGAGACUGACCAGCCAGUCACCGGUCAUGGCUGAUCAAGCUGAAAAUCAGCCAGUUCCGGUCACUGUCCGAUCAAUCGGUGCAUCUCUAAUUCUGUCUGUUCUACUUCAGCAUUAUUAGUCUUUGUUGAUGACAUGCCUAAAAUGGAAAUGUAAUAAUGAACAGAUGAUGAGCAGCGGAUGCUUGAUUCACUUAUUUACCUAUUUAUCUGUCUGUCUGUCUAUUUAUUUAUGUAUCAAGGAGAAAUAAAGGCAGUGUCUUGUUUAAAAA